GCACGCCCCGCCACGAAAUGACUCGUCUAUACGCGCGUGCGAUUUUUUGUCGGCAAGAUCGCGCGCAGGCCGCACGCCUAUCUGCUCGGAAAAACACCUCUCUCUCUGGCGCCUGGCACAAGUUCAAUAGCUGCCUGCCUGGGGUUUUCUGUCCUUGACAGUGACGUCACACGGUCACACCAUAGGCCGACAGGUCGUGGGCUGCUAAAAAGGAAGCCGCUGUGCCGCGCGCACAACCCUGCAAUUUCAGUUCGCCUACUUCGCCGGCACGUAAAGUGAAGCGCGCAGUUGGUGGCGGGCGCGCGGUUUUUGUUUCGUUUUAGAUUUCGUUUUUUUUUUUCGUCUUGUAGAAGAGGGAAAGGAGGUCGGAACCGUGUCUGCCGCGUUGGCUGCUGACUGGCUGUGCCGCAUCCUUUCCGGCGCUCAUACUACUUCGACAUCACUUUCAUCGGUUUUGCGCAUUCCGCAGAAAGCAUUUUCAAACGUUGCGCGACAUCGUUUCUUCGGAACUGAUAUGAUAACUGACUCCGAGCGAAUCACCUCUCGCUAAAGUAAGCACGUUCAACAGUGAGCAUAUAUUUUUUUGCUGUGGUUCUUAAACACAAAACAACCCUUAGUUUUACAACUACUUUUGCAUGAUCUAGUUGCGGAAAUUCAUAUUUUACAUGACUUCGCUCACGAAGCUGACCCAUCAGUGAACAAACCGAAACCAGAACCUGAAAGCGCUCCUAGCGGUUGCGAAUGAAAUCAAUUUUUCAGUAGUCCCUCCCCCUUUCGUAAAGUAUUCUGCUACGGCUGGCACCGAAGCAGAGUAGCAAGUGUCGCGUGUUGUGGUUGCUGUGCUAUGUGGCUAGUGCCGUCCAUCAUGAGUUCAUCGUAUUCGUGAUGCUGUCCAAUAAACAAUUGCAGUUAAAUGGGCUCCAUAUUUGGAAUUCUGCGAAAAAAAAAACAGCGGUGGCCGACAUUCAAAGGAAUGCAGUCGGAUCCCCAGGGGUUAAUUCAGUUGUGUGCUAGCUUAUAUGACCCUCUAACAUCAGAAAUUCAUGUCAAAGUCAUUGAAUAUUUGCAAAGAACAACACAGUGUGAAAAUGCUUUCAUUCUUUUGAUAUCUGAUGAUCAAGAUGAAUUGACAUGUAAGGUAGUUGGUGAAAGAGUGCUAGAAGAGCCAGCCAAGCUUUUGGUCUCAAGCAAUAGCUUCAGCUGUGCAUUGUCUGAACGGCGGCCCAUCUCUUUGGAUGACAUACAUCACGACCACCGAGAGGAAGUUAGUCGCUUGAUAGGCUCUGUGCUACACUCGCUGCUCUGUGUGCCUGUGCUGCACCCAAAGUACACUGACCGUGUGGUCAUGCUGCCCUGUGUGGUCAACAAGACUAAUGGCAAGGACUUCACGAAACGUGAUGAAGCUGUGGUGCGUGAGUGCUUUCAGUGCAUCACACCCUGCCUUCUCAAGACAACUGCGUACGAGGAGGAACGUAGGCUCAGGGAAGAGUGCCAGUCGCUCCUGUCGGUGGCAAAGAACCUCUUCACACACCUUGAUGAUGUCACAGUCCUGCUGAGGGAAAUUAUGGCCGAUGCCCGCAAGCUCACCAAGGCAGAAAGAUGUUCACUGUUCCUUCUGGACAAAGAUCAAAAUGAGCUUGUUGCCAAAGUAUUUGAUGGGCAUCUUGCAGAAGAUGGUUCUGAGGCAAUGACAGAAGUCCGAAUCCCCGCCGACCAGGGCAUUGCCGGUCACGUUGCCACUAGUGGUGAGGUGCUGAACAUAACUGAUGCCUAUGCUCAUCCUCUGUUUUACCGCAAAAUGGACGAAACAACGGGCUUCAGAACGAGGAACAUCCUGUGCUUUCCCAUCAAAGAUGACUCUGGAGUAAUCGGUGUGGCAGAACUCUGCAAUAAAAUAAAUGGCAAGUGUUUUACCUUCUUUGACGAAGAGAUGGCCAAGGCAUUCUCAAUAUACUGUGGCAUCAGCAUCAUGCAUUCUCUGAUGUGGAAGAAAGUGCGUGACGCACAACACCGGAGCAAGCUGUCCAACGAGCUCAUGAUGUACCACAUGCUGGUUUCCAGUGAGGAUGUCAAGCAAUUGGUGAACAGUGAGGUACCUCCGCUAACGUCAUUCAGUCCAGACUUUGCAAAGUUUUCAUACACUCCACGCAUUAUUCCAGACAAAACUACGCUUGUAGUUGUGAUAGCCAUGUUUGAGGACCUUGGCUUUAUCAGCAGAUUCAAAAUCCCCAGGGACUCGCUGGCAAAAUUCGUGCUGAUGGUGAAGAAAGGAUACCGGGACCCCCCUUACCACAACUGGAUGCACGCUUUUGCAGUAGCCCAUUUCUGCUACCUGCUUCUCAAGAAUCUCUCUCUUAUUGGGCCUUACCUCACUGAACUGGAAGGCCUUUCACUGUUUGUGGCAUGCCUUUGCCAUGAUCUUGACCAUCGAGGAACAAACAACUCUUUUCAGCUCACUUCUAAAUCCAUCCUGGCAUCAUUGUACAGUUCAGAAGGAUCAGUCAUGGAGCGCCACCACUUUGCCCAGGCAAUGGCAAUACUGAACACAGAUGGGUGUAACAUCUUUGAGAACCUUUCUAGACAGGAGUACACUGAUUGUUUAGAUCAGAUGCGUGACAUCAUCUUGGCCACAGACCUUGCUCACCACUUCCGGAUCGUUCAAGAGCUCAAGCUAAUGGCGGAUGAAGGCUACAACUACGACAAUCGCAAGCACCACAAUCUCCUAACAAGCAUGCUAGUCACAUGCUGCGAUCUCUCGGACCAGACAAAAGACUGGAAGAGCUCAAAGAAGAUAGCUGAGCUCAUCUACAACGAGUUCUUUUCCCAAGGAGAUUUGGAGAAAGCGAUGGGCGUGAAGCCGAGUGAGAUGAUGGAUCGUGAAAAGGCAUACAUCCCCGAGCUGCAGAUCCACUUCAUCCAGACCAUUGUCAAGCCCAUUUUUGACCUUCUGGCCGAGAUGUUCCCAGCAGCGCGGGAGACUGCGGAAGCUGUGGACAACAACAAGAUGUACUGGGAGAGAGUCAGUGACAUCUGUAGACGACGGUAUGCCAACAGCGCCUCUUCACUGGACCUUUUCGAGGAUGAGAAACUUGAGAAGGAAGUGCUGCGAUGCUUGGAGAAGAUAGAAGAACACGAGUGAUCAUAGGCAACUAGGAAAAACCACUGGUUCGAUGAGUCAAAAUGGCCAGUCUAGCACUAGCCGGAAGCUGAUGCACUUGCCCGUGCUCUGCCCUCAAAAUCAAAACACUUUGCCCCUGCCCCCCUGCAUUGUGGGGGACAAAGAAGAGACGUCCAUGUGACCAGUGUCGUAAAACCUCCUCGCACCAGGAGCACACGCACCCUCUCCCUUACCACUGCAUUCCAGACAAGCGGUUGCACUUGCGGCACUGCUACUCCCACGAUGGUAUGCGCUGCAGGCCUACACCGUGACCGUCUGCCAUGGAGUCACGGCAGCGGGACCAAGCCAUGAAGAAAAGAAGGAAAGCCUGGGACACCUUCAAGCAAUCCCUGCAGGUCUUGGACCGCUUUGGAGAAGCCAUGCACUAGUACUCAUUUGCAGCACUUGCUCUUCUGCUUUUUAAGGAAGUCCUGGUGCUUGUUGUUUGUACUCUAUUCUUCUGUUCUCAGUAAUUUGACAGAGAAGGUACGGGAGGGAGGCACAGUUGUCCCCUCAUUAUGGUCAUGCCACUUACUUGCCACCCUCCAGAUGAUUUCUGUCACCAUCACCCAUUGUUAUUUAUAAUUCCUUGUACAUAUUGUGUAUAUUAAGAGUUUUUGCCUCCCAUCUCUUUCACCUAAGUGUCCACGCACUUGUCGCCACCUGGCAAGUGCCACAUGGUGCUGUGCUCGAUGAAAGAAAAAAAAACAAUGCUGCUGUCUUUUUUUGUGUGUGCGUGUAUGUCAAUUGAAAGGCAGCUGGCUCUCUCUCAAGGCAGAGGCUUGUUGGUGUGUGAGGCUCACAACCUUGCAAGCAGCACACCCGACAUGAGGUACUGCGAAACGACACAGAUGCUUCGUCAGCAAUACCAGUUCUUUAGACCCAUUUUGCACAAGCACACAUUCUACAUUGAGCCCUGUUCACCGCACACCCUUGUGUGCCCACCACCUUUCAGGCAUUGCAAUCAUUCUGUCAAUGUUGUCCCAGCCAAUUCGCCAAGGCUCAACACGCGUGAAUUACAGAGACUGCAACACACACCUUGCUCAUUGUAACUAUAGUUGUCUCGUAGAGUUUGCACUUUCCUUCUGUUGUGCCUCUCUUAUUGGAAAGAAUCGUAGCUACGUGUCGCCGCUUACCACCGAUUGCACUUCCAGUUGCUGCAGAACCUGUCCAAAGCUGGUGUAUCCGGUGAGGUGGAACUUGCCGUGUACAGUGCAUUUAUGGGAGCACAAAUUAUAUUUUCAUGUGUAGUAGUUAGCGUUUCUAGGCUUCAGCAGUGCGAGGUUGUCUGGUUAACACCUUCGACAUGUUCGAAUUCAUUGUUGUGAACACACAAUUCUUGAGAAGAAUGUUAGACGAGCGAAACCGGUGUUCCUGGUUUGUUACCUUCUUGCACAAGCACAGCGGCAUGCAGUUUCUGCAGGCUAGAAUACACAAGUGCAAGGCAAGAUAUUCCACUUCAUUUAACAUGUUCAUGUGUUCAUCACUUCUCUGUACAAAGUUUGGAGAAAGGAUAAGAUCCUCAGGGUUUGUUUCACAAAACUCGCAUAUAAAUAUUAUAUAUAAAUAUAUAAAUAUUAUAUAUACAUAUAUUGAGAGAUUUUAAGUGUCAAUAAAUGUUGUGCGUACAUGUUCCCUGCAUAAA